AUCUUCCACCGCAGUAUCCCUGCAAAUGCCAUUCUCUCUCUUCUCUGUUUCUCUCUCUAAAAACACGUAUAUAUCAUAAUCCGAUGGAGAGACUGGUGGACGUGUCGGAGCAAGAGGUGCGCAUAGACUUCCAAAUAGGCUGCAAAUGCCGAGCCAGUGUGCGACUCAGGUCUCUAAGCGCCACCACUCCAAUAGCCUUCAAGGUCCAGACAUCAUCGCCCCACAAGUUCCUGGUCAACCCACCGAGUGGACUCAUCCCACCCUUAUCCAACUCAAACUUCCAAAUUAUUCUCAAAUCCCAAUCCCAGCUUCCUCCAACCUUCCCUCGCUCACCCUCCGAUCGUUUCCUCAUCAAAACAGCCCUCGCUCCUGACCUCACCCACAACACGUCCGAGACAACUCACCCCGAGUUCAUCAACUCGUGGUUCAACUCGAGGCCCCACCAGUCAACCCACGACGUAAAGCUCAAGGUUGCCUUCGUGGGUCCCUUCCUUCUCCGUCACGCGGUGGCCAGCGACGACAUCGACGCGGUUAGGAACAUAAUCAAGCGGCAGAGGAACAUUGUCGCUGAGUUGCCCACUCGGGAAGCCGAGUCACUCCUCCGAGUGGCGACCGAGUUGCGCAACUCGGACGACAUGGUGAACUUGUUAGCUGAAGCCGGGUUAAAGACUGAGUCGAGCUAUGUUGCGAAGGGGUGGUCGGAUGUACACGUGGCGGCGGCGUUUGAUCGGACGGAGGAGCUUUUGAGUUUGAUAAGAGAGAGCGAAGCUGGGUCGUUGGAUUGCAGGGAUAAGGAGGGGAGGACACCGUUGCAUUUGGCGGCGAGUAAGGGGCACGAGAGGUGCGCUAGGGUGUUGAUAGGUGCAGGUGUAGAUGUGGACGCGAAGAGUAAGGACGGUCGGACCGCGUUGUAUAGAGCAGCUGCCAAUGGGAACCGUCGGAUGGUGGAGAUGCUUAUUGAGAUGGGUGCGGACCCCACACUCACUUCAAUUGAUCGUAGCCGCACAGCUCUUGAUGUUGCCCGUGACAAGGGUCAUAAAGAGAUCGCCGAGAUACUUAAACAGGGUGAAGCAGUGCUAAAUGCAGCCAGACGCGGAGAGCUGGAGCGUCUUGAGUUGCUGCUGGAGAGAGAUGCGAGUGUGAGUUACAGCGAUCAGUAUGGUCUGACAGCUCUUCACACGGCUGCUAUCAAAGGGCACAAGGAUGCAGUGAUGAUCCUGGUUGAGUUUGGAUCGGGCUUGGAAUGCCAGGAUGUAGAAGGCCACACACCACUGCAUUUGGCCGUAGAAGGUGGAAGCAUAGAGACAGUUGAGGUGUUGAUCAAUAGAGGAGCCAAUGUCAAUGCCAAGAGCAAGAAAGGUGCAACCCCUCUUUACACAGCUAGAGCAUUGGGUUAUGAUGAUAUAACACAGCUUCUUAUUGACAGGGGAGCUUGUUCCUCUUUUCCCUCUUCAUCAUCUACUUCCUUGUCAUCUAUGCUAUGAUGAACUCGUAUAUGCACACACUUUUGCACCUCUGGAUUGACUUGAAAGGUUUCGAAAAUAAGGGUUGGGGUUAGUGCUGUGGAGAAUCUGAACCGAUCUUAGACCUCAUUAAAAUCGCGUUUUAUACAUGAUUUGAUUAGUUCGAUUAUUUAGCAUUGAAAAGGAUAAAAAUAUAGGCGGAAGUGCUUCCCCUCCGUGGAAAAUUAAGCAUCUUGACCUUAUUUGAAAUCGGGUUGGGCAUUACCUAGUGGCUUAGUUGGUAGAACACCUAGCUCCUUAAGCGGGUGUGUCCCUGUUCUAGUCCUCUCCCGGCUGGCCUUCCUUAGUUUGCCCAAAAAAAAACAGGGAAAUCAGGUUUGAACAGAUUGCAGAUAGCAUAUUCAACCCUUUGGGGCUGGUAGGGUGGUCUUUUUUCUUUUUCUUUUUUUAAUAAAACAUUUGAACCCUUUGUGGAGUUACAACACCUCCUUAAUAAUAUGGUUCAUGCAUUGGCAAAUGGACUCUAUAGAUGUCUAGCAGAGAUGUUUGAUCUUUUAUGGGCAUGCAGAACCGUAUAUCAUGCAUCUGGUUACUAUAAAAAAUAACUUGAGGAGCCAAAGUGGAUUGGUAUUGAUGCCAAGGCAAUCCUAGUAUUUUGGAAUAUACAUCAAUAAAAAUUUUAUGUUUUGUAAUUAUA